AGCCCACAAUCAGUCCAUUCUUCACCCUCUGACAGAAUCUAUAUGCUUUGUUCGAUUAGUUCGGGUCUGUCAUCCUGCAGACCUGUUCCUGGAGAACCGUGAUUUGUCUCUUGAUCAAUAUUAAGCAAGUCCUGUCGGCUAAUUCCUGCCUCGCCGUCGUUUAUUCAUAUGAACGCAACUGUCUCUGAACGCCCCCUCAUUCACCGCCUCUCCAGAGCCGCCUCAAAGAAUUACGACCGAAAAGCAACAGGGAUACAUGUCUCAACUGCUAAGGAGGAGAGGCAGUAGGAUUCCUGCCAUGAAAUCUCUCUAAGAGGAGAAAAGCAGCGAAACCUAGAAAAUCUACACCCACCCACGGGCAGGAGACAGGGGGAGAGAGAAAGAAAGAAAGAAAGAGAGAGAGAGAGAGAGAGAGAGAGAGAGAGAGAGAGAGAGUGAGCGGAGGGGAGCGUGAAAGAGGGGGGGAGAAAGAGCGAGGGAUAACAGUCGAUGGAUGCUGCUUGGACGCUCUGCUCGGUACAAUCUUCAGUGACAAGGACCGGAGAGCUGCAGGGAUGGAUGGGAAGGGAAGACACAUUCCUCCAGCCAUGGUGUGGUGCGAGCGAGGAAUCCAGGUGCUUCUCACCACCGUGGGAGCAUUCGCAGCCUUCGCCUUGAUGACCGUGGCCAUUGGCACGGACUACUGGCUGUACGCUCGGGCCUUUAUUUGCAACAGCACUGCCAACUCCUCUCAGGAUGACCCCCACAACAAGGACAAGAAGGAUCCUGGAGCCCUCACCCACUCCGGCCUCUGGAGGAUUUGCUGCCUGGAAGGAUUGAAGAGAGGAGUAUGUUCCCAGAUUAAUCAUUUCCCAGAGGAUGCUGAUUAUGACCAGGAUGCUGCAGAAUACCUUUUACGUGUAGUCAGGGCCUCCAGUAUAUUUCCUAUCCUCAGUGCCAUAUUAUUGCUGCUAGGUGGAGUGUGUGUGGCUUCUAGUCGGUUCUACAAGACCAAAAGACACAUCAUUUUGGGAGCGGGCAUUUUGUUUGUAGUUGCAGGCCUGAGCAACAUCAUAGGCGUCAUUGUGUACAUCUCGGCGGCGCUCAGCGACAUCUCUCCCAAAAAGGACGAGGACAAGAAGUGGCACUACUCAUAUGGCUGGUCCUUCUACUUCGGCGGCCUGUCGUUCAUCCUGGCGGAAGUGGUGGGCGUUCUGGCCGUCAACAUCUACAUCGAACGCAACAAAGAACUGCGCUGCCGCUCGCGCACCGACCUCUUCCGCAGCACCACCUCAGCCGUGUUACGCCUGCCGGGAUACCGCUUCCGCCGGCGCUCUUCCCGCUCCAGCUCGCGCUCCACAGCGGAGCCCACCCGCUCCCGCGAGCAGUCCCCGACCUCCGCCAUCGCUCCCAAGAACUUUGGCCCUCCCCUGGCCGCCGGCCCGCCGCCCUUUUCAGUAGCCACGCUUCCCAACCCGCACACGCACUCCGGAGGAGGCAUGGGGGAUAUAUCCAUGUACACGCUCGGCAGGGAAGGUAAGCCGCCCAUGUACGGCACGGUCGACCGCGCCACGCUCUACCAGCUGCACAAUUACUUUCCGACCAAGGAGGGCGGCGGAGGAGCGCUCAUGACGGGAACGCUGCCGUCCCUCUCCAAGUCCAACCUGGCUGCGUCGACCAACGCCACCCUCAACACCUCGUCUUCCUCCGGCCCCCAGCAGGCACCGCUGUCCGCCGGCUCCUCCGCCACCAUGGAGAGGGAUCGAGGGCUGGGAACCUUGGAUCGGCUCGGUAAAGGAGACAGUUCAAACACUAACACUCUCAACAGGAGAACGACACCCGUGUAACGAAAGGCUUGGAGGGGGAGGGAAGAGAGGGACGGGGAAAAAGCGAUCACGUGGACUGGAAGUAAAGCGAGUAUGGGGCAACGGGGGAGGGAAAAAAAGCAAGAAAGGUUGCUUGCGAGACGAAAAAGAAGUGAAUAAGAAGGCAAUACAUCCUCUUUUUUCUCGUUUUUGAACAUGGUGACUUGAGUAACAGAAUUCCAUCCGCACUUCUUAUUGAUUCAUGUUGAAAUACUUGAUGUGUGUGAUGGUGAUCUUUCUGUUCUUCGAGCUCUUUCGAUUCCAGUGCUUUAUCAUCAGGUUAUGCCUGUAACUUAUUUAGCAUUCCAAUAUAGUUGAUGUUUUUUUUUUUUUUUUAUUAUUAUUAUUAUUAUUAUUAUUAUGCUAAUUGUUAUUGCUGGGUUAUACAUUAUACAUUUUUAUUUUGUUUUUGCACAAUUAUCCAUUUGAAUUGAUUUCCUUUUGAUUGAUGAACUCAAACUGUGAUUUUUUUCUUGCACAUAGUUGACACUAUGUUUCACGAUGUCAUUCAGUGUCAAGCAUGUGUCAGUUCCGCGCGAGUGUGACGACUAUUAUAAUUAUUACAUUUUUUUAGUUUUUACAAAGAUUGUUAAUAUUUAGAAAUGUGGAAUUUUUCAUUGUAACCGUAAGUGUACAAGUAGUUAAGUCUUCAUAUAAAUAUAUUUGAUUUAUUUAUCAUAUUAACAGUCUUAAUAUUGUUACGAUGGGAUAAUAAUUAUAAUGAACUACUUUUGAGACUGAAAGUCGAAAAGAGACAAAGAAAGAGACAGAACACAGAAGUGAAAGGCAUUCAUUCCAGGGGAGCAAUACGUAUACCUAAAAAACCUCACCAGAAAAGACAAAAAAAUCUAUUAAAUAUAUAGUAUAUUAUGAACAUAAAUAUAUAUAUAUAUAUAUAUAUAUAUAUAUAUAUAUAUAUAUAUAUAUAUAUAUAUAUAUAUAUAUAUAUAUAAAAUUGUGUGUGCGUAUGUGUGGAAAAACUUUUUUGGUAAAAUAAAAUAUAUUCUAUGAAUGUGUAAAACUGAGAUCUAUGUGCAUACUGUUAGCAGUUUUGACUGCAGCAUAUUAUUUUCAUGUUUAUUUGUAACUUUGUAUGCAUGAUUCAUAUCUAAUAUAUGAUAUAUUCAUAAUGCUCUG